UACAUUCGAGGAGUUUGCAUAUGUUAGGUAACACAGACGAUUUCAAUUAGCCUUGUAUUAAGAGGGAUGCGGAGCCCCUCCUACCCAUGAACAAUGAAGAAAACUCGAUGAGUGUAUGCAGGCAAGAUCACUGUGGAGGAGUACUACGUAAGUAAGAAAGUAAGAAAAUGCUGGCGACGGUAGAGAGGAGGUGAACGUCGUGAUGAACGAAACUACCACAGAGGAUGCAGCACCUAUCCUGCAGGGACUAUGGGAGUAUGUGAAAGCGGGGCAGGAGGACGUCUUAUGCUCCCCUUACCUGCCCGCGUCCUGCGCCUUCUUGACGCACGUCCUGCUCUGCGCGCCUUUCCUCGUGCUGGACGCGCUGGGCAGCGUCUGCCAGCGCAUCAGGUCGUGGAGGAUUGCAGCAGGAUCGGGACCACCGCCGUCUCUCCGACGAUGGUUUAAAUGUUUUUUGAGAGUCCUGUACAAAUACACGUGCGCCGUGCUCCCCGCAACAGCGUUUUUUCAAUCUUUGCGGAGCCCCAAGUUGCCGGAGCUCGCUCCGUCCUGCUGGCAGCUCUGCGUAGAAGUGACAGCAUGUUGUCUGCUUUUUGACACGUUCUUUUUUAUUUGGCACUACACCAUGCACAGGACUCCAAGGUUGUACCGCAGCAUCCACCAGGAGCACCACCAGCACCAUGUUCCCUUCGCUCUAGCUGCCCAGGAUGCCAGCUCAGCCGAGCUUCUGUCUCUGCUGCUGCUGGCUCUGAGCAGCGCCUGGUUGACGGGCUGCCACCCACUCAGUGAGGUCCUCUUCCAUCUCCUCAACAGCUGGCUAGCAGUCGAGGGCCACUGUGGCUACAACUUACCGCUGGCUCUCCACAGGUUCCUGCCCUGCGUGGGAGGAGCUCCACACCACCAGGCUCACCAUAGUCUGCAAAGCUGCAACUACGCCCCCUACUUCACCCACUGGGAUCACCUCUUUGGUACAUACCGUCCAUUAGUGCCGCCUUCUCGUGGAAAAUAGGAAGACCUGGCAGGAUACAGUGAAGGAUAUUUUUUCUGGCAUUCAUCUGUUCACUAAAAGCUUUUCAUGCACACACGUACAUGUGUUUUGAACUUCAAAUCCUAGAAUCAAGACCCGGUGAAAGCAACACAAUAAGAAUAACAGAAAUUAAGUUGAUGUAAUUCCAUAGUAGAAUGCAUACUGAAUUGUCUUAAACUCAAGAAGGUCUUGUGAAAGUGCUCUGGCAGCAGAAGCAAGGGUUUACAGUUGGUCCCACUACAAGUGAAUGAAUCACAAGAGGAGGAAUAAUCUAAACAUCGCCUGAACUAUUGUGCAACUGCUGUUCCCUCCUAACAUAAAUGUGGACUGUUUUAUAUGCUUAACAUUGCUUUUGUAGAAGGCAGUUACAUGCCACAGAUUUAUGUUGAAGAUAUUUGCAUGUGUGGACAUUUCUGGAAAAAUGCACUUUUUUUUCUUUUUUUUUUUUUUUGCUUUCCUUCAGGGAGAGGAUUCAUAAGACUGACAUGUCUAAGCACUAAUUCUGAAGUACAAGCUCACAGCGGCUCAGUGGCAAACUCAUUGAUAUCAACCUUAGCACUUAGUUCAUGUAAAAUGUAGACAUUUCAGGACAGUAAUCUAGAGUGUGUAAUAAUAUAAAUGUUUGAAAUGAGGGUUUGUCUUUGAGUCACAUUUGAUGUAUAAUUUCUACUGUUUUGUUUACAUUGGGUUAUUCGUGUUUUAAACUAGCCUGAGAAUAUAUAUAUGAUAACAGGA